AUGGAUAUUGAAUCAGUAAUCGGUGUGAACGGAAUGUCCGAUACAAUUAGAUGGAUUAAAUGGGGACCGAGCAAAGUUACCAAUACGGUCACGUUCACUCCAUGUAAUCCGUGGAUUUGCGAAUUGUGCAAUUACAAACCUGAACCGGGCAGUUGUGCCCGUACUCGAUUGCCGAACGGGGUGGAAUUCACACUGUGGGAUCUGUGGAUUGUGCCCGCUCCGACCAAUUGGGACACCUAUCGAUUAUCGGAUUUCCUCGCGGAUCUGAAGGUAAUUGAAAAUGCCGAUUAUUGUCUGCAACGAUAA